AUGAAGACACCAAGAAAUACUCGUCAGCUUCUUGCUGCUCUUGUUCAAUCCGGUACCAAACAAUCAUGUUGUAAUUAUUCUACUUCGGCAAAAGCAGCCCCAGCAACAAAUGUUCUCCAACAGCAUCUUGCUUCUCAAACAAAAAUUAUGCAUAAGGCUCAAGACAAAUAUCUUGAAAGGGUUGUACAACAUCAAGUCGAUUUGAUGGAAGAUAGAAAUGGGGAUGAUGCUCAACACAACUGGAGUCUCGGUAAAGCACAAAUAUAUCCUCAAUUUGAUGCCUACCGUAAUGCUGAUGUUGAAACUUUGGUGAAAAAGUCUUUCGGACAAGUUGAUGGAGAGAAACAAUUCUUAAGAGUCAAACAAAUCAAUGAUAUCAAUGAUUAUCAAAAGCUUGUCAGUCAAGAAAACAAGCAAAUUUCAACUGGAUCAUACACUUCAAAAGAUGAAAAGUUCCAUAGACGUACUCAACGUGAAACUGGAUGGUAUUUAUCACACACACCAAAUUCAUUCACUCAGGACGGCGCUUUUGGUUCUUCCAAUCAACAUAGUUGUCUUAUUCGUGUCGUCACUGACAAUAGCGUCUCUGGAUUGUUUUUGAAGAAUAUGAUAUUACCAAUUAGAAAAACUGCCCCAUCUGCAUUUAGCUACGACUCUCUUAUUCUUCAUGCUCCAGGAUUCCAAUUUAUUCCACCUCAGGUUGUUGAGGAAUUCAGUGGACCAACACCAAAAGAUUUGGGACUUUCUAAUGAACACUUUGUGUUUGAAAACGACCAAACUAAUACUUCAGUAAUUGGUGGCCUAUUUUCUUCUUCAAUUCUAUUGGACAAUAUGGCUUACUUUGGUGCUAGAGCCAUUUUCUCAAAGACUUCUGCUGUUGUUUUACCUUCAGAUUCCAUCAUCAACAAGGACAAUUGGUCUUCAACACUCUUUAUUAAUUCCAACAAUACAGUUCGCUCCGCAUUGGCCAAUUCCAACAAUUUGACACUUUAUGGAGCUCACUAUAAUCUCCUUUCAGAAUUGGGCUUGAGCAGAUGUGUUGGUGGUCUUUUACUUGAAGUUGAAUCUGGAUCUGCAUUCUUGAACAAACUGAAGAGUGGUGAUUUGGUCGAAGAGUCAACCGAUGGAAAGAAAGCAAGAGUUAUCACCUCUCUUAAACAAGGCGUUUAUCCAAACAUUGUUCACACUCCAAAGAAUAUUGUAUUCGUGGUUGAAGAUAAUAACUUUAUUGUGCCUCUUUUGGGUAAAGUGAAAAAUCCACAACAAUUCUUCCAAAGAGGAUUGACAAGCAUUGGAAAAGAGCCAACAUUCAACAAGUCCUUCACAGUUUUCGGAGCACAAAGAGCCUAUGCUGACGCUCAACAAGUUGCUGAAGCUUUUGCUAAAAUCAACAAGGCAUCCAAUGUGUAUAUUGUCAACGGAUCAUAUGACGAAGCCAAGAUCCAACAAGCUAUUUCAUUAAUUUCUUCUGGUGAAGCUUCAACACUCAAGGAAGAGCAACCAAACUCUGUUUUCUCAAUUCUUUCUCAUUCUAGCAUUGAAAAUAAGGCCUGGAAGGAUCAAACUAAAUAUACUGCUGCCAUCAAGCAACUCGAAGAAAAAUUUUUGUAA